AGGUGUUCAUAACAUCUCCAGAUUAGAUGGGAUGUCCAAAACUCCUGCAGGGAAAAACAGAGAAAAUGUUCCAGUUAAAGAUAAUUUUGAAUUAGAGUUACUUCAGGCCCAAUACAAAGAACUUAAAGAAAAGAUGAAGGCAAUGGAAGAAGAAGUUCUCAUUAAAAAUGGAGAAAUUAAAAUUUUGCGGGACUCCCUACAUCAGACAGAAUCCACUUUAGAGGAACAGAGAAGAUCACAUUUCUUUCUUGAGCAAGAGAAAACUCAGGCACUCAGUGACAAAGAAAAGGAAUUCUCCAAAAAGCUCCAAUCACUGCAGUCUGAACUCCAGUUUAAAGAUGCAGAGAUGAAUGAAUUAAGGACAAAGCUUCAAAGCAGUGAACGGGCAAAUAAACUAGCUAUUCCCUCCGUUUCCCACAGCAGCCCUAGGAAAAGCCCUUCUGUGGUUCUAAAGCCAGAAGCAUGUUCUCCACAAUUUGGAAAACCGUCUUUCCCUACAAAGGAGUCUUUUAAUGCUAACAUGCCCCUUCCCCACCCCUGCCAGACAGAGCCAGGAUACAAGUCGCUGGCAGGCAGAGAGGAAAAUAAGAACCACAGUCUGGGAGGUGACCCCAUAAAACAAGAAGAGUCCCAAAAAAGUCUUGUUGGCAGCCUGAUGCAGAGAUCAAACACUCAAGGUUCCGUUUUGAUAAACCUUCUCCUGAAGCAACCUUUGACCCCAGGGUCGUCCCUAGGUCUGUGCCACCUCCUGAGCAGUUGCCCUGAGGCUACUACUGGCACCCUGUUGCAGUCACCGGGGUUUGGCAGUAUCUUCACUGGGAUUUCAGGCCUGAGGACCACAGGUUCUCGUGAUGGGUCAUUUCCCCUCUCGGCCCUCAGAGAAGCACAGAACCUGGCACUUACUGGACUGAAUCUGAUUGCCAGGGAUGAAGGCUCAUGUGACAGAGACCCGGCGGAGGGAGGCAGAAGGACCUUCCCGCUCUGCCAGUUUCCUGGAGCCGUGCAUCUCCUCCCGCUUGUGCAGUUCUUCGUCGGCUUACACUGUCAGGCUGUGCGGGAUCUGGCAGUGGCCAAGAGAAGCGGAGCCCCUGGGGACUCGCCAACACGUUCCACCUGCGUGAGCUCUGGGGUCGAGGCCAGCGCUGAGGACUCACUGGGCAGCCUGGAGAACUUCUGUGUGGCUUCACUGAGCGUUCUCCAGCACCUGGUGUGCCACAGCGGAGCAGUCGUCUGCCUGCUGCUGUCCGGAGUGGGGGCGGGUUCCGCUGCUAGGGAAGAAAACCAGAGCCUGGUUUCCCCUGGGGGCGUGACCUCAGCCCCAGGAGGCCUUGCCAGUGACCAAGGCCAGCAUCCACUACUGAAGAUGCUUCUUCGCCUGUUAGCUUUCUCUUCUGCAGCAACAGGUCACCUUCAAGCUAAUGUACUCAGCCAGUGCCUUCAGGUUUUGGUGAAAUUAGCUGAAAACUCUCCCUUUGAUUCCUUGCCCAGGUUCCAGUGUAUGUUCCCGGUGCUGCCACAGUGCCUCUGCCCAGAGAUGCCCCUGCCCAGUGUGCUGCUGACUGUUGAGCUCCUAUCCCUCCUGGUGGACCAUGAGAAGCUGGCACCUCAGCUCUGCUCCCACUCGGAAGGUUGCCUCCUGCUGCUGCUCUACAUGUACAUCACGUCAAGGCCUGACCAAGUAGCCUCGGACACACAGUGGCUUCGACUAGAACAAGAGGCUGUGUGGCUCCUGGCUAAGCUUGGCGUGCAGAGCCCCUCAUCCCCAGUUACUGGCUCCAACUGCCAGUGCAACAUGGAGGUGGUCCGAGUGCUCACUGUGAUGCUGCACAGACAGUGGCUGACACUGCGGAGGGCAGGGGGGGCCCCAAGGACUGAGCAGCAGAAGCGAACAGUGCGGUGUCUGCGGGACACGGUGCUGCUGCUGCACGGCCUGUCCCAGAAGGACAAGCUCUUCACGGUGCACUGUGUGGAGGUCCUGCACCAGUAUGACCAGGUGAUGCCAGGGGUCAGCAUGCUGAUUCGAGGUCUUCCGGAUGUGACGGACUGUGAAGAAGCUGCUCUGGAUGACCUCUGUGCCACCGAGACCGAUGUGGAUGACCCCGACAUGGACUGUGGCUGAGGUCUGUAAGCACGU